UAUUGGUUGUAGAAAGAAAAAAAAGGAAACAUUCAUGAAGCUCAGCUGAAGAAGAAGGUGAUGAAAGAGACAUUAGAAAAGUCAUUUAUUUCUUCUUUACUGAGCUAAUUCAUGUGAUUCUGAAAUUGGAAAGUAAUGAGUUUUGUAAGAGACAAAGCAAUUUAUUAUCUUAAAAUUGCAGAAGGUGGGCAUUUUUUUUUCUCUUCUGAACGCCAAAUUGUUCUGAUAUGUGGGUUAUUAUACAAAUUUCAUUUAGUUAUUUUUCAAUUGGCUGAUUCAAAAUUUGAGUUGGAACAAUGGAAGAAAGUCAAAUUCAUAUUUUAUUACUGUUACCACGAGGUAGAUUAUGAUUUGGGAGCCAGAGGUUUAUUCAUGGAAGCAAGAAAAUGUAGGAAAUGAAACCACAAAUAUUAUUUAAAUAAGAAAAAGUCCACUUCAUGUCACGGAUUUUCACGCAAAAUUCAGAUCAAAAGCUUCGGUUACAACACAAAAAGUUGUGUAGCAUUCAAAUUUUCACAUAUAGACUGUACCCAAACGUGGACUAAAACCAGACCACCAAUGCUUCACCAAGCCAAGAAAGCAAAAAUUUUGAUAAAUUUUAUUUAACUCAGAAAGCCAGAAACUGAAAAGGGAAGAAAGCCCAGUACGUUUCUGGAUUUCUUUUGCAAAAAUAAUGGCCGCAACUGCGAAAGAGUCCAGCUCUGGUGGCGAAACUAGCAAUAUUAAAGGAGUUCUCACACAUGGCGGUCGUUAUGUGCAGUACAACGUCUAUGGUAACUUGUUUGAGGUCUCUAGCAAGUAUACCCCUCCCAUUAGACCCAUCGGUCGAGGUGCUAAUGGCAUUGUUUGUGCUGCUGUAAAUUCAGAGACUCACGAGGAGGUUGCCAUUAAGAAGAUUGGUAAUGCAUUUGACAACCGAAUAGAUGCCAAAAGGACGUUGAGAGAAAUUAAGCUUCUUCGUCACAUGAGCCAUAAAAACGUCAUUGCUAUCAAGGAUAUCAUACGGCCCCCCAAAAAGGAUACUUUCAAUGAUGUUUACAUUGUUUAUGAAUUAAUGGACACUGAUCUUCAUCAGAUAAUUCGUUCUGACCAACCACUAACAGAUGAUCAUUGUCAGUACUUCUUAUAUCAGCUGUUACGAGGAUUGAAAUAUGUACACUCAGCCAGUGUCCUGCACCGUGAUCUUAAGCCAAGCAACUUGCUUCUCAAUGGCAAUUGUGACCUUAAAAUUGGAGACUUUGGGUUGGCAAGGACGACAUCUGAAACAGAUUUUAUGACUGAGUAUGUUGUCACUCGUUGGUACCGAGCACCAGAGUUGCUCCUCAAUUGUACAGAGUACACUGCUGCAAUUGAUAUAUGGUCUGUUGGUUGCAUACUUGGUGAAAUAAUGACCAGAGAACCUUUGUUUCCUGGGAAAGAUUAUGUGCAUCAGCUCAAACUUAUCACUGAGUUAAUAGGCUCACCUGAUGACGCCAGCCUUGGAUUUCUCCGAAGUGAUAAUGCCCGAAGAUAUGUUAGACAGCUUCCUCAGUGCAGGAAGCAAAAUUUCUCAACUAGAUUUCCCAAUAAUUCUGUGGGGGCUGUUGAUCUGCUAGAGAAAAUGCUGGUCUUUGAUCCCAACAAACGAAUUACAGUUGAUGAAGCACUUAGUCACCCAUAUUUGUCAUCUCUUCAUGAAAUCAAUGAUGAGCCUGUCUGCCCCAGUCCUUUCAACUUUGAUUUUGAGCAUUCAUCAUGUACUGAGGAUCACAUCAAGGAGCUCAUAUGGAGGGAAUCAAUGAAGUUCAACCCAGACCCAACUUAUUAGGAGCAUCCUGUGAUUCUACUGUAGAUAUUCAUACAAAAUAACCUCUUUCCCCCUGAUUCGAUGUGUUGUCCAUCACUCUGAAUAGGAACAGCAUUGGAAUUUGUUUUCUUGUCCCAAAGGCUGGAGUUAGAUCAUGUGUAAGGAGCUGGACAAUUACUUCUCUGAGGGUUGGGGAGUGAAAAAUAUGCUCAGGAGGCCAAUUGCAUGUUAGUUUAGGUACUUAACAAAUCUGUUUAUAGCUGCUUGAGUUUGAUAAGAAACUGGUAGAAAACUUCUCUCCAAGUAUUACUAGUUUGGAAUUUGUAGCGCGUUAAGCAUAAUUCUGGAUGUCAUAAUGUUCAUGGAUCUGACUUCUCUCUUAUUAGAACUUGUUCCUUUAAUGACAUGUUUGCCUCCA